AUGGACUAUAUCGAUACUGUGAUAGCAGAAUCAUCAUCUACUCUUCUUCCAACCUCAUCAUUAGUUCUGAUACCAGGCAGAAGAAAUAUGGUUCUUCCAACACAAGCAACAACAGUAAUUAAUAUGCCGUUUAAUCAAAUCCAUUUUGGUAAUACACAAAUAUCAUUCAAUGGUGCUCAACACUUGAAUAAUACAACAACACAAGUUGUAAAUACGUCAAUAAAUGAUGACAUUAUAAUCGGCAAAGAUACGGAGGACUCGCUUUGGCCAAUAGAUUCUGACACUAUUAUGGUUGAACAAAUGGUCUUAAUUAGGUACCAAAAAAUGAAAUAUUGA